CGAGCAGCGAUGCCGGCGACUUGCGUGGGAAAGCCACCGGUCGCGGCGCCGACGAGACGCGUCCCGCGCGUCGUCGUCCCGCGCGUCUCGUCCUCGUCCUCGCCGCCGUCGCCGCCGAGCGGCGGCGCGCGCGGCGAUGGGGCCCCGGCGGACCCGCUGGCGAAGCACGUGGCCGCCAUCGAACGUUUCGGCACCCCGUUCGCGGUGGCGUCCGCCUCUGCCAGGUACCGCCUCGAGCCCGGGGUCGCGCCCGACGGCGGGGCGCUCUACUGCAACGUCGGCGGAUGGGUCCCGAAAGGCUCGAGAGGCGCCGCGGUGGACUACGCGCGGCUGUGCGCGCGCUGGCCGAAGGUGGAGGACGACGAGCUCUACCGAUGCGUCCGAAGGGUGAACCGAUGCGAGAGGCUCGCGGCGAACGAGCUGGUGGUUCGUUGGGAGACGGUGUUCGUCCCGGCGAAGCUGCGAUGGCUCCACGAUAUCGGCGAGGCGUGGCCGGGCGUGGACGUCGAGCUCUACGAUAUCCUGGAUAAGAUGGGCGAGCUCUCGAGGUUCAGGUGGCGGUCGCUCUUUCUGCUCUUUUGGAACACCGCGCGAACCGGGACGAUGCGGCUGCCCGCGGCGAAGAUCGAGAGCACGUCGCGGCUUCGCUUCGUCGAGGAGCGGGGUGCCGAGCGGGGUGCCGAAGGGGGUGCCGAGCGGGGUGCCGAAGGGGGUGCCGAUGCGGGCGCCGCGACAUUGACCCUCGCGGCGCACGACGAGACGAUAGACCUGAUCGCGCUCGUCAACGACGGAUCGGUGCGGAAUCGGCGAAUCUGCCGCGACCUUCUCGAGUUUCUCGACGUCCGGAAGCCUCCGGCGACAUCUCUGGAAGCCUGGGACGACCGAAUCACCGACUGCGUCAGGUGGUCCGAGGUUCCCGGCAUGGGCAUGUUCGACGUCGACGGGUUGGAGGAGGACGGCGACAGGGGCAAGGUUUACGAAGACGCGGUGGCGGUGUUGGCGUUUGGCACCGUCGUGUGCCUCUUCUUCGGCGUCGGCGUCGGGCGUUGGUACAUCCAGGGUCUGGAACACGAGCGGAUGAUGGCCGCGAUGCUGGAGACGGGCGCGUUUUAGCCCACCGUUUUAGCCGUUUUAGCCGUUUCGUCGACGCGAUUCGUUCACUUUUAUU